AUGCGUGUAGACUCCGUUACACAGAUGAUUGGUUCAUAUGGAGGAGCUCCAGGAGGGCCAGCGUUCCCUGGACAAGCUCAGGAUCCUUUGUAUGGUUAUUUUGCUGCAGUAGCAGGGCAGGAUGGACAAAUAGAUGCUGAUGAACUACAGAGAUGUCUCACCCAGUCAGGGAUUGCAGGAGCAUAUAAACCUUUCAACUUAGAGACUUGCAGACUCAUGAUCUCAAUGCUGGAUAGGGAUAUGUCUGGCACACUGGGAUUUAAUGAGUUUAAAGAACUCUGGGCUGUGGUCAAUGGCUGGAAGCAACAUUUCAUAAGUUUUGACAAUGAUAGAAGUGGUACAGUGGAUCGUCAAGAACUAGAGAAAGCCUUGAUGAAUAUGGGAUUUAGACUGAGCCCACAGGCAGUGACUGCAAUCACAAGGCGAUACAGCACUCGUGGAAAGAUUACAUUUGAUGAUUACAUUGCCUGCUGUGUGAAACUGAGAGCUCUCACUGAAUGUUUUAGAAGAAGGGAUACAUCUCAGCAAGGUUUUGUGAACUUCCAGUAUGAUGAUUUCAUACAGUGUGUUAUGAGCGUCUGAAUCAAAAGGAAGCAAGCUGUGGAUGAUCACAAUUAACAUUCCAGUUUGUGUUUUGCUUUGCCAAAUCUUCCAAUGAUUGUGUAUCUCAAUAUUGCAGAUUGCCUAUUUUAUGAGGGUAUUGCUUUACACGCUUGCAUUUUUUUAGUUUUGACAAUGAAUAUAAACUACUCAUGUACUGUUGUCUUUAACUUCCAACCUGUGACGAUUAAAGAUGGUUUUAUUUUCAUAAACUUGCAAUUCACUAUGUAUAACUCAAAUUAUGCAGAUAGUAAAUUUUUCUGUAAUGUGUUUACUUUUUUCCUGUGAUUCACUAAAACUAGUUCCUGGAGUGCAACUUACCUUUUUCUGUCUUAAAUAGUAUCACGUGUAUGACACAAGAUGAUAGGAGUAAGACAGAUGUACGAAGUGAAAGAGCUUUUGGAAUGAUCAUUUUAUGCUGGUCUGUUAGAAUAUCAGUAAGUUUAAGUUGCUUAUUUCAGCAGCUAGCUAUUUUCAAGAUGAAGUCGGUGACACCAUGUGCUGAGUGUAAGACUACCUGUUGGAACUUCUCAUAAGCAGGGAUGCGACAAAACAUAGCACAGAACUCUUCUAGCAGUGUGCUCUUGUAUAG